AAGAUUUAGUCUGUUUACUGACCACGCGCUCAUCACAUGCUCGGCAGGUGAUGUUCCGGCCUGCAGCUUCUCACGCUCGCAACAGGGUGUUCCACAACGUUGCCUCAUUUAUCCACAAUCAUCCCUAAUCUAAAGUUGUUUUAGACCUCCCCAGGUGAUAGCUGCAGUCGCAGAGUUCGUAAGGGAACGUCACCUGCGUGCUGAUUCCCACAUUGUCAGUUGGGAGAUCUGGGGUAUCGAGUUGAAGGGUUGAUCCUUCCAGCUCAUGAUAUGGCUUGACUUUUCUUGACGGUAUCCACUGAGGACCUGUGGGCGACAAAACACAAGCAUACCCCUGCCCCCACACCAGCAGGUCUACUGGCCCUUUCCAGGUUGGGUCUCCUUCAGGAUCCUUAUACAAACCCUUGGUUUAGCUAUGGAGUCAAUUGUGGUGCUAAAAUGUUGCUCCACCGCUGUCAGGGCUAAACAAUUUCUGUUUAAAAAAUAGAGAGUAUAUAAAGCCAUUGCUAGCUGAUUAUGUGGUGUGUCCGGAGAAUUCCCCCUUCUUUGUUUUAAAAUCAGGGCUUUUAGUGUAGCAUGUGCGCAUUCAACUAUUGCCUGUCCUGUGGGGUUAUACGGAAUACCCAUCUUAUACCAAAUUUCCCAUUGCUGUAAAAAUAGUUGUCUAUUUCGAGCUGUGUAGCCGAAGCCAUUAUCAGUUUUAAUUUCUUUUGGCACCCCCACAUUCGCAAAACAGCUCAGCCAGUGACUCCAUACGUGCAUGGCCUUUUCCCCAGGGAAGGGGGGAAUGUGGCAUGUAUCAUCCCAGAAAAUGUAUCAACCGUUACAUGAACCUACCAUCAGUGACCAAACGAUAGUAUAUGCAUUAUGUCUGUUUGACAAAUUUCAUUGGCUUCCAGGCCUCUGGGAUAAACCGCAUUGUCAGAGCGGGUACCCAGUACAGCAAUAUCACAAGCUGAGCUAUUUUUUUUUCCUGGGGAAAGUACACAAAACCCUGAUGUCUGCAACAUUACCUCCUUCUGAUUGUCUGCAUCAACUACCCCCAUAAUUACUCACAGUCCUUGCAUGGACAUGCUGGAUUGACCCAAAACUAAACCUACCAUUCCCAAGGGUGAUGGCCCAUAGACUCCAGCUGAAGCCAGAUGUUACAUCUGGCUCUUUAAGGAUCAGUUCUGUGGCAAUGACAAGGUCCAACCCUGUGCUGCUGCCUGAUGCUGCACAGAGCUUGUGAAUCCUUCAGCCCAGCUGUGGAGUACUUGGGGAUUGUUCCGAAAGGCCCAGGCAUUUGUUGGGGCGCCAGGCCUUGCGCCCCUCCUCCCGUUUCCCAAAAGAAGCAUACCAUUCUUAAUCAAAUUUUGACCAAUAUUGGUUAGCCCAGUAAAAUCCUUUCCCACACCUGGGACAAGGUUUAGAAGGUGAUGGAUUUUGCUCCUUUCCUUGUUUGAAAUCUUUUUUAAAAUGCCCAGGCUUCCCACAUGAGAAGCAAGUUCCCCUUGGUGCUGCUUUAUUUCCUCCGUGCUCUACUGAUAAGGCUGUGAUGAGGAGCUGUGCCUUGUGGUCCUCAGUACCUACAUUUUUUCAAGCUUGCAGAUAUUCACCAAGCUCUCAGGUUUUUCCCCGGAUUGGUGCAAGCACCACUUGACAGUCAGUAUUAGCACUGUCAUAUGCCAGUUGUAACAUUAGGGCUUAGGUUGCCUCAGAGUUCUCUACCUGACCAGAGAUCACCACCUGUAAACAAUCAGUAAUUUGCCAAUAUGACUCCUGAGGCCCUUGCUGGAUGGUCGCAAAAGAACCCAUUCUGUGUUCCCCAUCAGGUACCUCUUUCCAUGCUAUUACGACAGCUCAGGAGUCCUGGGUACACAAGCACUGAUCUUGCCAGGCUUGAACGUGGGGGUCUAUAUACUGCCCUUCACCGACCAGCAUAUCAUAGCUUAUCAGCAUGCCGUCAGUCAAAUUUUCGAUGGCUUGUUUAGUACAGAGAUCAACAUACUCGGUUUUCCAGAUGGACUACUGUGCCGCCGUUAAUACCGUUUGUGUAAGUGCUUGCCAAUCCCACAGAACCAUUUGAUACUCAUUAGCAAUUCCCUCCAAUAUACCCCUUGUAAAUGGGCUUUGAAGCCCAUUCUCAGUAAUGCUUUUCCACAGUUCUUUAAAAACUGCAUACGGCAGGGACUCAUGCUGCAGCUGCUGGUUAGGUCUUGAAAUUACCAGAAAAGCCAGAGGGUCCCCAUUAUUUAGUGCCUCCUUAAAACGUGUUUCUAGCCCAGACCCUUUUCCCUAUAUCUCCACCACGAAUGCCUCAGGUGGGGGAGGUGGGGGGUCGGCGGUGGGCUGACGGGGAGCGGGGCAUGCCGCCAGCGACACGGGGCAGGGGAGAGGAGGAGGAGGGGAAAGGGGGGGUUGGAGGGGCAGAGGAGCAGCGGGCCGAUCGCACGGGACCCGCAGCUUCGGAGGUUCAGAUUCUAGUUCCUCAUCUUUACCCUUUCCAUCCCAGCUUGUUUCUCCCGGGGGAGCACUGGGGGUUUCCUCUUUCUUCCGUUGGGACGGGGUACCCACGGGUUCUACUAUUUCUCCCUCCAAUGGCUGUAAAUCACCAUGAAAAUAGCACAGAGGUAGGAACUGAAAGCCCCAGCUCUUUUUUAGUUCUAAACUCCUGUCCAACCUUCCACCAUAAUGCUAAAUCAAAACUUCCGUCUGCCGGGAACCACAUAAAAUACCUAAAGAUAUAGCACAAUAACUCAUGCAGUUGAUCAUCUGUUACCAAACACUGAGUAGCCUUCAAUAGCUGCUUUAAAACUUGCAUAUACAGCUUUUGUUCCUUAGAAAGCCCUGAUCCCAUGAUUUAAGAGAUAGAGAAAAGAACAAUUUCUUAGAAAGCCCUGAUCCCACAAUUUAAGAGAGAGAGAAAAAGAGAAAGAAAACCCCUUCUGUUCUUCUGUAUGCCGGCAGCUUUCCCAAAGCUGGGUGCUGCUGCCUGGUACUUACCAGAUGUAUGAAUACUCUAGUCCAGACAUCACAUUCCUCCUUGGCAUACGAGCACGCUGCUGUCUUCUGUUCCUCACACGGGGCACCACUGCUGGUCUCGGGCCAGCCGGCAUCAGGGCGACGCACUGAAUCACGACAAACUCACUCAAUUUUGUUGAAGGGGGAGCAUUGCCAAGAGCAAACGCUACUGCUACGCUGUAUGCGUGCCCCCAAUUUAUUACCAAAUGUUUACAUACUUUUCAUUUCUGCUUUUACAUCCUAUGGACCUUUAGAUUUAGUCUGUUUACUGACCACGCGCUCAUCACAUGCUCGGCAGGUGAUGUUCCGGCCUGCGGCUUCUCAUGCUCGCAACAGGGUGUUCCACAACAUUGCCUCAUUUAUCCACAGUCAUUCUUCUAAUCUAAAGGUCAGUUUACACUUUUGCUAACCACCAAUUCUUCAUUCCCACACCUUGCUAGACAUGAAAAGAAUGGAUUCAGACUGGGUUUCUUAAGAGGCCAAAUGCAUGGAGGGCUCAGAGAAAAGACCUGUUAGAGGUUUUUGCAUGCAUACACCUGACUUUGGUGGGAUGGGGAGGUAGGGUGUGUUCUGCUCAUCUUGAUGCUAUAAGAGAUGCCUUCACUUGCAUGUGUCAAGAGUAUUACACACCAGCCUUCAAUUUAGGAGCAAAAACUGUGUCCAGGAAAGGAUAUAGUUGAGUUUCAAGUAUAGUUGGACUCAGUUAAGAAAACUGAAGCUUUACAAGUCCUCUCCUCUAAAAUGACUUGGAUCUGUCUGCCUGUGCCUUCAUCAAGAAACCUGGGGAAACUGGUGGGGUUUGUGCUGUUUCACCACAGAUUAACCUUGAUCUGUUUUCCCAAUAACAUCAGUGUUGACCACUGCUCAAAGAACUUGCCAUCAUUUGCAGAAUUUUCUGGAGGAGCGUUUCCUGCUCAUGAAAAUACGUAGGCACUGACCAGCUUCUUACAAAGGCAGGUAGCACCAGCACUUACGAGCCACUGGAGAGGAGAUAGAACUCUGUCCUUAUGGCUGCUACACUGUUGCAGCAGCAUUAGCUAGUAGUAUUCUGUCUGUAUAUACUGACAACUUUCAACCAUCUAGAAGAGAGAAUUUUUAUGGUUCUGAAAAUGAAAAUUGUCUUCCUUCCCCACAAGGACUCCUUUGCAUUGGUAAGAGAGAAAUAACAAACCUACCAGACAUUGAUACUCCUAACUUAUCUACCCAGUUUCCUGUACAACGCUACCUCUCAUUGCUGGACCUACUCUUAGAUGGAAGCAGAAGCAGCACUCUAACCGCCUGUAGCAGCUCCCUGGUGCCGAAGGAGACUGGCCACCCCAACAGCCAGGGUGCCCAUUCCCAGGCACAUGAGGGAACAAGACCAUCCCUCUCCACAGCAGCUAGUUAUUACGUCAGCUUAGCUGCAGCAAACCUGCAUCCUUGGAAACACUUGACAACUACAGGAAGAAUGCCUGUCUGACCUACAGACAGCUUUCCAUUUGGUGCAGCGUAACCACUGUUCAGUUUAUUUCUUUCUUUUUAAACACGUGCACAAAACAAGGUCACACCACCAAGCACGAUGUGGGGUUCAAAUUCAGAAGUUACUCAAAUUUUUAAGCUACAAUAGAGGAACAUUUAGAAAAUAACAAUAUCAUGAAAUUCUUCAGUUUGAAUAAAAAUAGAGUGAUACUGAAUUUCACAUAUACCUAGCUUUCACAUGCUUUGGAAUUUUGAACUGACUGGCUUUUAAUGCUUUUGAUUAAAAUAAAACAAUACUCUUUGUCAGCUGUCAUACAAAGAGUGGCGUGUUUGUCAUUCAGGUGAUGCCAUGAUUUGAGCCAGUACACAGUGAUACAGUUAAUUUACCAAACUGAAGUUGUUGCCAUAUCUCCACUGUGGGCCAGUGCAGAUCAAACAAAAGCCUUCUUCAUGAAUGCUAGUUCAAUCCUGACAUUCAUCUCUGGCCAUAACAAGAAUGCAUCUGUUUCCCGCAGCACAGCAUAACAAGCAUAUUUAAUGCUGCAGGGGAAAAAAGAGGGCAGGGGCCAGAGGAUGUGCUUCGCUUUGGAAAAGAAAAAUAACCCAGCAAGAUCUGGGACUUCCUCUGCUAAAUGGCUUUAUCACAGCAGAUUACUUUGAGCUGAUCUUUAAUCUCCCUUGGGACAGUCAUACAAGAACAACUUGGCAUGACCUUUGCUCAAACGUCUUUUAAGUAAAAGAAGUGGGAAUUCUGCUGUGCAGUUCCGAGCCACCCAAGGUUCUCUCAAGGAAAGUGUGAUAGCUGAAGAGAAAAGUGCAUGAGAAGCACAGUAACGAAGAUGGUAGGCAGCCAAAAACAUGGUACAGAAGAGGAAGCUCAGGAAAUUCCUCGAUUUCAACAAAAGACUCUGACGGCACCUGCUCCAUUUGCAGAUGAAACGAGCUGUCAGUGCCAGGCCCCCCAUGAGAAGCUAACCAUUGCACAAGCCCGCCUGGGAACACCAGUUGACAGACCCGUCAGAGUGUACGCAGAUGGGAUAUUUGACCUCUUCCACUCUGGCCAUGCUAGAGCUCUUAUGCAAGCCAAAACUCUAUUCCCAAAUAGCUACUUAUUAGUAGGAGUUUGCAGUGAUGAUUUAACUCAUAAAUUCAAAGGCUUCACUGUGAUGAAUGAAACUGAGCGAUAUGAAGCCCUCAGACACUGUCGUUAUGUGGAUGAGGUCAUCAGAGAUGCACCCUGGACACUGACACCUGAAUUCCUUGAAAAACAUAAGAUUGACUUUGUAGCCCACGAUGACAUCCCGUACUCCUCCGCUGGCUCGGAUGAUGUAUACAAACACAUAAAGGAGGCAGGAAUGUUUGUACCAACGCAGAGAACCGAAGGUAUCUCCACAUCGGAUAUCAUCACAAGGAUCGUCCGGGACUACGACGUGUAUGCCCGGCGCAACCUCCAACGAGGAUACACCGCCAAAGAGCUGAAUGUUAGUUUUAUAAAUGAGAAGAAAUACCGCUUUCAAAACCAAGUGGACAAAAUGAAAGAAAAAGUCAAGAAUGUGGAGGAAAAAUCAAAAGAAUUUGUUUACAAGGUGGAAGAGAAGAGCCAUGACCUCAUUCAGAAAUGGGAAGAAAAGUCCAGGGAAUUUAUUGGCAACUUUUUAGAGCUGUUUGGACCUGACGGAGCCUGGAAGCAGAUGUUCCAGGAACGAAGCGGCCGAAUGCUCCAGGCUUUUUCUCCCCGGCAGAGCCCGAACAGCAGUCCUACGCGAGGCCGUUCUCCGUCCCGUUCCCCAUCUCCGCCCUGGGUUUUCAAUAAAGCCUCCCCUCCCUCUUCUCCAAAAGCUGCCUCUGCCUCCCUCAGCAGCAUGAGCGAGGGAGACGAGGAUGAAAAGUAAAAUAACUAUUUUUUUAACCAUGAGACAGAAGAACAAGCUAUGAACUCAACCGCUGGAUGGGGAGAAGCGUGAGGAACAUCUGGGGUAUCUCUGACAGCAGGGAACGUGCUCUGGGAGAAGAUGCUGAAAACGGACUGGAGCACAGCAAGGGAGAUCUCAGGAAGAGCUUCUCCCAUCCCCACUCCCUCGCGGUGCCCGGAGGCCCGGCCAGCAGCGCUUGCCAGGCACGGAACCGGGGACUGACAGAAAAACAGAACACCCUUGUGCAAGUUCCUGUCCCCCUCCUGCUGCUCACAGCUGCUGCGGCCAGGCCGGGGAACUCCGCACCGAGCGGGGCCUGCAGGACCGGCCCCCUCAGCUCCCGAGCCGGGCCCGGCCCGCCACGGCCACGGCCACCUGGACGGAGAAGAUGCGGUUGUAGCGGGCCCUGCUUGCCUCCAGCUCUUCUGGCACGCGAAGAAACGGCAUUGCUGCAGCAAAUACGUUCAGAAACGGGAAGUAAAAGUUCACUUUUUUUUUUUCUUUUUGAAUGAAAUCUGCCCCAGACGCCAAACCAUGCCAGUGAAAUGGAAAGCUCUCCAGCUGAGUUGGUGGAAAUCCCUUUAAUAUAUAUAGAGCUAUUGAAUGCUGCUUGUUGACCAAGCCUCGGUACGGGGUGUAUGUAAAGAGUCAGGCUGCAUUUGCUUUAUCAAAUCGCUCUCCGUGCUCCUAGUGCCUGAACAGUUACCUGAUAACUUGUUUUGCUCCCUGGCUUUGUUGCACGUUGGAGGCAAGAAAGUACGUGAAAAGAUAGCUCUAGCUGGAAGGCAUUGUAGGAAACAGAUAGUUUGAAGACAUUGGUGAUUUUUAGCGGUGAAUUCUAAAAAACACACGUGGGAUCCCAAGGCCUUGGGACGUGGCCUCCUAGGAACCCUUGCUGCUUCCUGCUGUCGCCAAACGACGAGCACAACAGCGCUGCUGUCCUCACGUGCUACUCAGCCAGUCAAACGGAUUUCUCACAUUCUAUAACCAAGCUGUGUUCACAGACAUGCCGCCCCCGCAGGGGUCUCGAGGCCAUUCCUCUACACUAACAUGGAAGAAAAAGUUGGAAAAAAACAAUGGAAAUCUUUUAAACGGGAUUAGGCGUGGGGAUUUUCCUUCUCAGUCCGCAACACCGGUACAGCCCCAAGCAGAGCCACAGAAGGGGCAGCACGAGUGAAGCUCUCCCUCCCCCUCGACGCCCUAGCUGAUCUCCUCCCAGCUUGGCACAGCCAGACCUGCCCGACGUCCAGCUCCACCGUUCCGUCCCGCAGCUGGCACCCGGUGAGGCGGCCACCGACUCGCAGGAUUUCCGAAGGUGGGGGACCCCCCACUCCCCAGGGCUGCCCUGCCCCACAGCCCGGAACGCCGCGGGCAGCACCCAGCCCGCAUCCCUGGGGUAGGGCUGUGAAGCAAUGAUGUGGUUUUGCUCCCGGGCUUGUUCUCCAGCCCAGCGCCCACCGGGGUACCAGGCCAGCCAGGUGAAGGGUGCAGGCAGGUGCCUGUCCCAGGGGAGGGGAUGGGGAGGCAGGGGGCUCUGAGCAGCUCUUGGGAAAGAAUGGAAGGAGCAAGGUGACCGAGUGCCUGAGCACAGGGGGCGGGGGUAGUACCUGCUGGCAGCAACCCCCCCAGCCGGCUACCGUCCUUACCUCACGAGUGACCUAGUAGGUAAACUCCUUUCACCCCUGCCAGACACUUUCCCAGGCAGGUAAAUUACAAACCCUUCUACCAGGCACCAAAUGAGCCCCGCACACUGCUCAUCCCCUACAGCUUUCAUCCAUUCCCCACCACAGGGUAACCAGUUUUUCUUUGCGAACGUUUUGCCAGAUACUUCUCGGACUACCACAAGACUGAGUACAAAAUAUCUUGUGGCUUGCUGUGGCCUCUCAAGUCAAGCUAGAUCCUUCACAGAGCUGCCAAGAGAGACAAGCAGGGCAGAGGGGGGGACGUGCAAAGGGAGAGCCACAGCUAGUUCAGCUGCUGCCAGCUGUGCACCCGAUGGGACGAUGCAAUUAAGACCUUUCUCAGCCUUAGGCAACCUGUUACUGUAAUUUCGUACUUGGGAUGCACUUGUUAGUUUUUCUGAUCCUUUGCAAGUCUUAAGUCUUCCCAUCACAAACCACUCCUCCACCAUGGGAACCGUCUGCUCUCUACUGGUGCUGUUUAUAUGAUGAGCCAUGUCCAAAUGCAAGGGAGGUGGGCAGAUUUUUGUUGUUCUUGGCUUUUACCGUGGUUUGGUUGGGUUUUUCUUAUAUUUUUUUUUUGUUGUUGUUGUUUUUUAAAUUUCAUAGCACUUACUGUUCAGCAGCCCUUGUUCGGUGGUUUGAGUGGAAGACAGCACCAUGACUUGUAAAUAGGAACUGGAGAAAAACUCACCAGUGACCUCCACUUAUCAGAAGCUGUUUCUCAGUCACAGGUGGCUACCCAGCAACAAAGCCAUAUACUGUACCAGGCGUCCUUCCGCAUUUAGGAUAUCAAUAAGCUGAAGCCUUUGCCCUGCUGGUACAGACACCAAUAUCCAUGUGCUGUCUCCAGCAAACCAGAACCUCAUUGUCCCUGGACACGUGGAGGGCAAUUUUGCACUUCUGAGUCAUGGUUGGGUUUUAUUUUUCAUGAGUGUUGCUUUAAUUCAGUCCUAUUUAUCAGCCGAGCUCCACGUGAAAAAUAAAGUGUACGACAGAUACGGCUGCCUCUCACCUUUCAUUUCACAGCACCUCUGGACGCACAAGCACAGCCCCCAGCGGAAGCCCCGCUGACAGCACAGCGCUUGUCAUCCCCGUCCUCUGCACCCCAAGGCUUUACACCCCCCCAAGUGCCACGAGCGGCUUCACCAGCCUGCCCAAGCUCCUGCUGCUUGGCUUACAGCUGCUGCUCUCCGCUCGGACGGGGUCGCCUCUCUCCUGGCCUUCACCCGCUUUUUUCGGGCUGCAGGGUAAAGGUGGGGAAGCGCUGCCGCAGCCGCCGGGGCCCCGCUUUGGACACCAGCGAGUUUGAGACCUCCCUUACCCUCUGCCGCAGCACGGCGGAAUCGGGAGCCACUAUUUCAGUUCUUCCUUCUGAGUGGAAGGAAGAGGCAGUGCUUUUGCAGCCAUCCUGGUUCUGCUUCUGAAAACCACCCCCAGCGGCAGAAGCUGUGAUGCUCUGGUGUGCGCAGAUGUGCCCGAUCUAGGCAAAACUGCGGCAGGAACAUGAGCCACGGGGACAGACCCUGACACUGGCCUCGGGACUCGGCUCCUCCUCCAGCUCAGUCAGUCGGGCGGCUCAAUGCUCCCGCUUUCGUCUUUUCUGUAAAAAAGAAGUUAUCACUGCAGCAGCUGUAGAAAAGACUGAUGAUUUAUUGAACAGCCCCAGGCAGGGAGAAGCUUAACUAGCGGACAGGGGCUUAGGACUGCCCAGCUAAGAUUUUUAAUUACGGAAUAAGCAAAUUGCAAAGUCAUUCAGCAUGGCAGAGAAACUAUUUAAAGGCAGAGAGUCCACACCAAAAUGCUCGCUGGUAAUGCAAGCUUUCUUAAGGCAGAUUUGGGGCUGUUUUGAGCAGUGUCUUGCACCACCUGGGAGAUGCACAAGACACCCUCGCACGCUCCCAGGCGCAGGAGAGUCGGCCCGGCUGCAGCCCCGCUCCGCUCCUCCCCGAGCUGCCCCCGCAGCGGGACCACGUCUGAGCGGCGCCUGCCCACGGUCUCGCUGCCUCCCGGGCGCCAGCCCCACGCACACAGGGAUCCCGGCUCCCACCGGCCUGGCCCAAACCCAGGGAGAAGAGCAGCCACCACCGCGUCGGGCCCCCCCCCGGGAAGGCGGCACAAAGCCAGAGCUGCAGCGCCCUGCGGUAGCUUCUCCCCCUCCUGCAAGCAAGUGCCGCGUUAGACUGGUGCGGAACAAGCUUUAGAUCCAGUAGGAAGAGCUGUAAAGCAUUUUGUCACUGGUAUUUCAUUGCACCGUAGAAACUCUGAAAGCACGGGCAAGGAGCACGACUGGAGGUGGGCAGGACGUCCCCACUGUCAACUCAGACAAGCUCAUACGGAACAGGCAGGAAAAUCUUUGAAAUGCGACUGAAGGAACAGUGAUGAUCUGCAGUAGAAGGCAGAGCUCUUGUGCCAGCGCUUGUGAAACAUCCACACUAUUCCUUAGUUUUAAAUUCUUCCAUCAUUUACGCAUGAAAUAGAACAUCUUGUAACUCACAGGGAUGAUUUAACUCAAAAGGCUCAAGAAAGAUAGACAUAUAAAAAAACCCCAACAUUAUAAUUUUGUAUGUGUAUUAUUUCCAAAUACUGUAGGGCCGUAAUUCUCAAGAAAAUAUUUAGAAUAGCACAAAGCACUACUGACAGCUGGCAGUUGGGCGAAGUGAAACAGGCAUUUCAAAUGAAGCUACAGGAAAACUGCAGAGGAAUCCUGACUUCCCAAGAGGACCGGCUCAGAGCUAGGACCAUUUAUCAAGGAUACAGCUAGACUAAAUCCCUAGCACUGCCCAUUCUGCUCUCUCCUUGUCCACACAGUUUUCCCUUCUACGUCUGUAAGUCGCCCCGCUGGAAAUCAUGCUGUUUGCUUCCACGUUCUCUCCCUGGGGCAGGGAAGGGGUGAUUCUGGCCGGGAGGCAGGGCAGGCUCCACACCUUGCUCACCUGGGAGUCACAGCCACGCGCUGCAAGUGCAGCUGCCAGAGGACUGUAAAACAGCCGGAGUCCAACGCCGCUGGCAGAUCCUUUACCUCCUUCCCCACUCCAAAGCCUUCGCUCAGGAAAGUGAAACGGUUUAAAUUCCCCUUGGAACAUGACGUUUGAGGCUUUGCCUCCUCAAGCACAACCCUUGCUUUUCCACUCCGAAGUCUCGGGAGAAUGACUUCUGCCAGCAGAAGCCGGCCGGUGGGUCCCCAGGGCUGCGUCCCUGCGUUCCGCCCAGCCUGCGGUCAGAGCAGAUUCCUGUUUGGGUGCAGGGAGAACCCCCUGGGGAACAAGAAGGUCCCCUGAAUCAACACCAGGCCGAUCACCUCAGCUCAGCAGGAAGGAAGGGUUUGACACGCCAUUGAAUUUGCUUGUAAAAACCCAGGGUAAUAAUAAACCAUCAUGGGGAGAGUCCUAUAGGAUGGCACAUAAUUAAGCAGCAAUUUCACUUGAGUCUAGUGCAAAAGACAUCUCACCUCCGCCUAAAAGAGCUGAAAAAGGACCAGAAAAUGGACCAAGGGCUUUGCCUCUUGCAUGGAGUCCCUUUCAGGCAGCACGCUAUCUUAAGAACCCCUCUUUUAAUCCUGUUUUGAAGAGACCUUUUUUUCCCCCUCUCAAAAUACAGUGUGUGUCCUCCAACUGCACACACACACACAGAUUUUCUGCCCUUCUCUUUCUAAAGGAAAGGCCCUUUCCUGGUGCAUGCAAAGAAGGGCAGCAUUGCAGCAUUAGCAUUUCUAAUCCGCCUGAGGGACAGGAGACUGAUGCAGAAAGGAAUAAAAAUAGUUGAAAGCCGGUGGAAACGCAGCUUCGCCGUGUUAACAGGGGAACGUGGGGCUGAGCCUCCCAAUGACAACUGAGCCUCUUCCUAUGACAAGUCACUCCGACGAUCUCCCAGCUGCACGCAGCAGGCUCCCACAUUAAAACCAGCUCCUCUGGCAAGAGGUUUGAAUUCCCCUGCCCCAGCAGUUACUCAAGGCCAGUUUAUGGUUGGGCCAGUACCUUUUCUCAGCUCAAACAGUCCUUUCACACUUGGUAUCUCCAUCCCUUUUUAGAUAUUCUCUCCCACAGCAUCCAUCCUUCCUUCAAUGAGAAACCCUAAGUUCAUCAGCCAGGUAAGGCAGUUUUGCCUUUCAGACAAACACAAAAGCCUGCUCCAUAUACUGGAGUGUGCCAAAAAUAUAAUCUGAAGACAAACGAGCAAAACAAAUUUAAGGAGGAAAUGAUGCCUGUGGAAGUAUGACCUCCUUUAAUCCUUUUCAAAAGGCAGUUUCACCCCACGAAGAGACAACUGUCCUCUAAAAGGAUUAGAAGGUCACAGGGCUUGAUCCCAAUUUUCUUUGGUAAUAGUUCAUGGUCUGUGAUAUACAGAAAUACUGGAUAGACUCUGUGGAGCCAUCAGGUUUUUGAUCACUUACAUUUUCCUCUCAUCAUUUUGGCAGCUCAGCUUUUCAUUUACAUUUAGGUUUUGGAUAAGAGUCUCAUCUCCCUAGGCACGGGGGAUUCCUUUUGCUGCCCAGCAAACAAACACUCACAGCAGAGCAGCAAAUGCUUGGAAGAGCCCAGACACACAUCUGAGAGGGGGGCAGCCCAGACCCCUACCCUGUCCGAUUCUCUGCCAUUGACUGUGACUUCAGCAAGUACGUGUCUCCUGGUUUCAGCUGGAAUAGAGUUAAUUUUCUUCCUAGUAGCUGGUACAGUGCCGUGUUCUGGAUGCAGUGUGAGAAUAACGUGGAUAACACGCUGAUGUUUUAGUUAGGAUAAGUCUCUCACUUUUUCAUUUCAAAACUAAUGCAUAAAACAGCAGGAACGCAGUUACUUUGCUACUUGGCCAUACUGAAGAUAUUUUGCGUUACCUGUUUAAAAGUUAACUAGUUUCACUUCAACAGUGCCCUGCACUUGCACCACUACCAUACAUGGCUAAAAGCCAAAUGCCAAAACAAAAUAUGAAGCUAUCCCUCAGAGAAAAUUUACGGGGCUUUUUGUUUUGGUUUUUGCUUGUUUGUUUUUGGUUGUUGUGUUAUUUUGGUUUGGGUUUUUUUGUUUUGGUUUGGUUUGUUUUUUUGUUUUGUUUUUUUUUUUUGCUUUGGUUAUCUAAAAGGCCUCUCCCAAACAUGUGCAUUUAUUCCAGAAAAGAACAAGAACAUUUUAAAUACUUGUUCACAUGCAAACAGAAGACUGCAUAAGGCCUAUGCCGUAUGAGAACUAACAAGAUUUCCCACCCCCACCCCCCAAAUAGCUGGGUCCCAACUAGACAUUAAUUCAAACAGUGUAGCAAAUCUUGGGUGGUUUAAUUUUUUUUUCUUCCCCCCAGUACCUUUUCUUCAAACCAGCCCACAGCACAUACUUGUAUCACAGACACAAAGAGAACAUGGAGAACAGUCAGAAAACACCAAGAAGCUCACACUCUGUAGCUUUUAAAGACAUGCAAGAAAAAAAUAAUGCCUUGAAGUCAAGCACCGCUAUUCUGACACCUUUCAACUUCCAGUUUCUGGCAAUUCAGUCAAUUUGUCAUUAAGAACAUAAACUACAUAGAAGCUAAUUAAAAUGCAGCUAGCCAUUAUACAAAGAGUGGUGGUACUACCAUGCCAUGCGCAGAGUUGACUUCACCCACUAACUGAAUGAAAUUUUAUCUACAGAAAGUGCCCAAGAUGAUCCUUCUGCAGGUUUUACCCAGCUGUUCAACUGUUUAUCGAGAAACUAAAAGUUAGAGAUUAAUUACAUAUAUGAGCACUGACAGUUGUAUACUGGGCACCUUGAUAAAAUACUUCCAUUUGCCAUUCAAAAAAUGUAGAAACUUCAGUUUUCUUGCUGUAAAACACGAUGCUUAGCAAGCCAGCAUUCUUCUUCAUUAAGUGCACAGAGUAAUAGCAGGGCAAAAUGUACUUAAGUAUAUCAGAACAAAGCAGAACCAACCUCUUAAUCCAUCACAACCGGUUAUUUGCAAAAUAUUUUGUGAAGGUGGUAAACUUGCAUAUUGUAACAUACAGGAACAGGCCAUUUUACUUCGUGCAUAAUGUAGCGGGCAGUUUUCAAGCACCCUGCAUCGUACUGACUAUGGACACCCAUUUACUGAAAUGGACACCCCUACCUGAAAAUAAAGAAGGGAAGAAUAUGGUUUCCCUGGUAGUAAAACUUAACCUUUAGUCCACCAACACCCAGAGACAUGGAAACUACCACGCAGCCACGAUUCACACGCACACACAAAACCUCAGCUUCCUUGACCCAAAUGCAAACCUAACCCUGCCUUAAGUGUUGGUCUUCCACAGCCCCGAGGAUUAGAUCAAGUAUUCUUAUGUCUACAAAGAGAUUUGUUAACAUAAGAAUAAAGAGCAAAGCGGAACAGGCAAGGGGAGUCGGGAAAACAUAGGGGAAGCCGUGCACCCCACCGACGGCCCCAAGUCUGCUAGGAUGGCUCUGACGUUUUAACAACUGCCAUCUCCCAACAGUGCAAGUGGGCAUCAGCUUCCACCACACAACCACAAGAAAAUUUUAACGAAGCUGUCCUUUGAAAGCUUUCUAAUGCCAAAACUCAGUCAACACGUGACCUUGAAACCUGGCAGGACCGAAGCUGUCUUCUGAAAAAAAGGCUUUUAAAUCAGCGUAUUUACAUUUGAAAUUAUUAAGUUCAAGAAGACAAUCCACAGUGGCAGAUCAAGAAGGAAAAUCAUCGUACAACCAUCAAAUUGUGUCUCUUAGCUGCACACUAGGAGAAGCAAAGCGACAUGCCUGUUGCCUUGAACUGGGAGACAUAAAGUGGGGAUAGUUUGGGCCAAAGACAAACAAAUUAUUCAAGUCAUUAGAUGGAAAAGGGUUUUCAGAUUGCUGUAACAAGUUUUCUGAAUGGCUCAUGCUCUUAGACAAAACAUAGCAGGCAUUAUGUAUUACAUUCACUUAAUUUUACUCUUACUACUAGAGAAGAUGGUACAAAAGCUUAAGAUAAAACCAGCCUCAGUUAGAUGAUGAAUAUAAACUAAUCUGACAAAAAAAAUGUUUAAUUUUUCCUAUUAAGCAUGCCUGACAUGUUUUAUAUGCCUGACAAUUUAAAAAGCAUCUACUGCAAGAUUUCUCUUUCCAUUUGAAGUAACAAAUUUAAGUACUGAGUAAGUCCAGAAGUCUAAAAAAAGGCAUGCAUUGUAUGAGAAACAAAACCCCUAUUACAAAUUGUUCUCCCACAUAAGCCUGUGUCCUAGAGCCAUAAAUCUUCAUUAUACUGCUGCUGCAACUAGUUGCUUCAUGUUCUACGGACGGCUACUGUCAAAUAUUACGCAGUACAUGCUGACAGACUUUGUAAUUUUGAGCUACUUAAUUAACCACUCGGCUCCUGUGAACAUUCUCUCAUGGCAAGUGGUAAGCAGUGAGGAAGUACACCACACAGAUUAUUUCUCAUCUGAAGUUUUAAAAUAAAAUUUAAAAUAAAUUCUUCAUCUGAAAGAAAAUUAUCUCAGUUCUAGAAAAAUUCCAACCAUCUGGAGUCUCAUUUAUUACUUAAUAAGAAAGUUAAUGAGUCAAGCAAGCUGGGUCCCCAGGCAUUUUCCUGCUUUAGAAUUACUUGGUAAGAAACUUUGUUUUUUCAUUUUCUUGAACAAGUUAUGAGUGCAUAUAAAACUUUAUGGAAAGCUGAAGAAAUUUCAAGGUAGAAGCCUUGGGUGUUAUUUUAUAACAGAUAUUUCAAAUGUCAAGAAUAACCCAAGAAACUUUAGCUUUAGGGACAUUUAAAUAGCAGGGGAAAAAAAAAAAAAACAAACAAAAACAAAAACCAAAACCACCACACAGCACCAAACCCAAAAGGUGCUCAUAUGCUCAAAGCAAACAAUGUGUGGUGACAAACCAUACUGCCACAGCCAGAACAGUCAGAUGCUGGAGUUUCAAGAAUCCCCAAUAACUCACUGUUGGUUCUAAACUGCUGUGGGAGCUUCUCCUGCUUCCAUGUCAGGAAAUCAAAAACUCCGAGCAGCGUGGAUGAAUUGGAGGCAAGCCUUAAUAAUACUGAGCACUAAUGGAAAUGCCACACUCCACAGAAAUAUUAGGAAGUGGCUAAAACUGUAGUCUCUGUCUCUGUUCCCUUCAGAGGAAGGGUCAGCACUGCCAAAGCAGGUCACUCAACCCCCCCUCCAGCCUCCCACGGAACCGCUGCCUCAGUCCCGCACGUCUGCAAACCAGCAGCCAACGGUGAUUCAAGGGGCUAAUCACGCCCUCUCCUGUUACUUGCAUGGAUGUAUGGAACCAGUGAACGAUUAAAUCAGUAAAUUAGGUCUUGAUCGACAGUAAGGGCUAUAAAACUAAAGGAAAAAACCCCAUACACUUCUAUAGCAAAAUGGCUCACCAAACCACGAUAGUCUAGCUGAAUUUUAGCAAAGUUUGAAACACAUACUGCGUACGGAUGGCACCAAAACUCUGUAAUUCAGCUCUUAAUGUUUUGCCAGUGUUAACACCUUUUCUGCUGUGUACUCCCUCAAAAAAAAAAAAAAAACGAACUGGGAGAACACAAAACAAAGCUCAUUUUUAAAAAUAUUAUUUCAUAUUUUCAAAUGGCAGAGUUCUCAGUCACCAAGUUUUAUUUAUAAUGGUUUCAACUUAAUGUUCUUAAACUAUAGCCAUUUCUGGAUUCCUCUAUGAAAGUGAGGAGAAUUUGAGGUUCUUGACAGAGACUUUCUAUUUUAGGCAGUUAUUCAGAAAGAGCAGUUUCUAGAUCAUCGAAUCACAGAAUGGUUUGGGUUGGAAGGGACCUUAAAGCUCAUCUAGUUCCAGCCCCCCUGCCAUGGGCAGGGACACCUCCCACCAGACCAGGUUGCUCAAAGCUCCGACCAGCCUGGCCUGAAUAAGAGGCCUGAACUCUUCUUACCUCAGUGUUCUGAGAAAGGUGCAGUGAAUAGAGAACAGGGAGUAAACCAAGAGUCACUAUGUUAACCCAAUUUUCUCAGACUACAAGAGAAAACUUUCAUCUCAAAAUACUUUAGGGUGUGCAUUCCCACCUGCACUCCCUCACUUCCCUCCCUGCCUCAAGCUACAAACCUAGAGAAACCAGGGGGCUUAUCUGUAUAGAGAAAGGAAUAACAUAGAAAACACGUAUGCAGAAGUGAUGGACCUAGAGUAAUUUCUGUAGUAACUAGUUUUUCAAGAAGCCGGUCGCCCACAAAUGCUUUUGCAGCUCCAUUAUAUUGUAGAAAGAGAAAUCUUCAGAUUUGCAAUCAGCAAAAAAAUUCCUGUUUCAAUUUUUCCACUCAAAUGAAGCACAAUUUUACUUUCCAUACAACUGCCGUCUCUGUAAAUAUUUUGACAUCAGGUCCUUGGCAUAACAGCAAAAUCAAGAAUUGUGAAGUUCAGCUAUGUUAGGACAUGAUUUUACCUUUUUAAAAACAAAUCAAGUUUUUUUGUCACAAGAAUCACUGAAAGAUAACUUCAGAAUGAAAACUAGAGUUUCUUGUGAAAAAUAAGCGUUUCAUAGACACAUCUGACAGGAAUAAACAUAUUUAUGAAAGACAAUCAAAGUUUUAAAGGCUUAGAAUCUACCUGGAAAACUGAUACAAACCAGAUCAAUGUACCUGAAAAUUCAGGGUAACACAAUACAGAAGUGAUUGCAUUUAUAUAUAGUUCUAGAACCAGGUUAGCAAAAAAAUAAAUUAUGCUUGAGAUUUUAAAAAUAAAUUUAGGGGUGAGGGGAGGGGUUACGGGAGCCAGACAUGGAAAUGCUGAAAUACUUCUAUCUAAAAUUACUCUGAUCUCCCAACUGCAGCUCUCUGAGGGUGUCCCUCUUGCAGGCAUGUGUGAAGUUGACCCUGGGCUGCCAAAUCACAAACUGAGCUCCGUAGUGUGUGAAACUGAAUCAAUCCCUUAAAAAUGUUACCGUGUAGUUUUUACACACUUUUGUCAGCAACAGAAAGAAAAAAGAGAAAGAGAAUAUACACAAAUUAUAAACACGGGUAUUGAACUGGAAUCAAUUCCAACACAAGUCUCCAAAUUUAAAGCGUCACCAAGUGAUCUCAUGAAAAAUUAGCUUCCCAGCCCUCCGUUCUAGGUUCAGCUGCCCCAAAUGAUGCCGCCCCAGAGGAAAGGCAACACCAGGCCUCCUUCCCUCCUGGAUGCCAGCUGCGACACAGGCCAGCUCCCCAGUAAGAGUCCUGUCCCGUAACCCGUGCUGGGAACAAACCGGUUUGAUCUCCCCCCACAGCAGAAAACCCAACAGGAGCUUAGCACCGGUGAGAGUUCAGCAGAGACGGCGCGUGUGGGACAGGCAGCAGGUCCCUCGGCAAGGCCAGGCCCCGCUGCGGAGCCCAGGGCCCUGAGGGCGCACCCCUGGAAACACGGCCUGCCGCGGCCUGGGGGGGGGGGGAUCCACGGGGGGUAUGAACUGCGAAGGACUGUCAGUCCAGCACCUCUCGGCGGCAUUCAAUUCAAAGGAAAAGCUUUAAUGAAGCAAAUUAACACUAGUUUGUCGGAAUUGUCACAGACACAUCAAUCCUACCGACACUACGUUACGAAAAAAUCUCUAGAUUUAAGAAACAAACAAGUUCUCUACACCCAUUUCUGAGAUCUUUUAAGGCAACAUAAUACUGCAAUUAAAGUGCGUGAGCUUUACAUUUUCUUAUUUAUUUUUAAUUAGGAAGCCAUUCAGUUACACAAAUCUUCUCUGUUUCAAAUUAAUGUCAACAGCGUAAAUUCUGAUCCUGAGAACAGAUUCAUUUAAGUGGGAUUGCUCUCAUACACUGUUUACUUGUGCAAGCGUUUGCAAGAUUCAGCCCUGAAGUCUCUACACAAUUUAGAAUUAUGUUCCUCAUUUGUGAAUAAACUCACCUUUGAACUCAGAAAUACAUCAUUCUGUCAUGCGCCAUCACAUUCUCUUAAAUUCUGCAAAAACACGUUUAUAUAGAUUAACCCAUAGGCAGGUGAGGAUGUCAGCAAGAAGAGAUUAAGAGCUAUUAGAAACUACAGCAUCUAUAUGGCAACCGAGGAAACAUGUAAGGAAACCGAACACCGCGCAAUCAGACAUGGUUAUCCUCAAGAGAUAAAUAUUAACAUUUAGGCUGUUUUCUACAAAAUUGUUUAUACCAACCAAGACCACUUUGCAGCAUCUAACACAAAGAUCUAGAAGUGCUUAUUUAAGGUGAGGGGCGGAGGGGAAAUGUCUUCCACGUCAAUGAGGUUAAGACUUCACCCUAAAUACUAAGUCUGGGUGCAGGUGAAUAGGAGACUGUGCUACCCUGAAAGAUCCUUCUUGCUCUCUUUUUGGAGAAAGUAAACAGCCAUUUCAAAGCAAAUUAUACAUGCCACUGAGGACAAAGAAAAGUAUGUUACCCAGUUGGAGCAGCAAGGGUAGUUUACAUAGUCAAAAAGUAGCUUGAGUUUUCCAAGAAUACUACAAUAUCUAUAUUCUUGAAGUAUGUAUCAAGGGACCUGCUAUAAACACUGCCCAAGAGGUAACAGAAACUGCAGCAGGACAAAGACCUUCUCAGUACUAUCCCGGGUCAUCACAGUAAAGUACAGAGGCAAGGACUGUGCAUUUGAAUCGCAGAAGAAGCAUUUCAGUAUCUUCUGAAUAUUUCUCAUCAAGUGCUGACUCUGAAAGACACCUUGAUAGCCUCAAAACAAAGCCUAGAAAAGCAUCGAGCACAAAUACGUAUAUUAUUGGAGAGACUUCAGUAUCUAUGAAUAAUAAACUAGGCAGGGGAUUAAUAAGACUACGUUCCAAGACACAUACACCAGAAAAAUGCACACUAGACAAAAGUUAAACUGUUUGUUACACUACAACACAUAGCAGCUGUUUGUAAAUUCUCAGGAAGAAUCUAGGAGCAAACAUCUCUUGCUCCGUUUGUUUCUGUUAAUCACUAAACACAACAGAUACAAAGCAUUUUCACUGAAAACAUUUUUUUCUAUUUAUGUGUCCUGUAAUUCAAGACAAGGAGGUUGCAAUAACAUUAGCAGGCCACACAUCUGAAAUCCAGAAAAAAUAAAUAUACUUUCAUAUCAUCAGAAAGUUUGGAACUAACAGCCCCAAGAUAAUAAAUCAAAUAGUUAACAGACUCCAAUCAAAGGUAGAAAUAACU